CCUCCCAACAGAUCUUCACACUCCUCGACACCUAGCUAGUUCUCUUCCUUACACACACUCUCUCUCUCUCUCUCUCUCUCUGAUCUUUCGCUUUCUUUCUGGACUUGAAAACCACUUUAUACCCAAGAUCUAGUAAUUUUCUUUCAUCUCUGAAAAACAUCUGCCUGCCAUUUUUUCUUAUUUUGUCUCCAACUCCAACCAACAAGCAAGAAGGCUGUUUCUUUGAUCUUCUGCUAGGAAAAGUUGGUGUUGGGGGCAGGCUGCAGGGAUUGAUAUAAUUUAAUUAUUGUGUCGACAGAAAUGGAACGCAUUUGUGAUGUAGUGCAUGAGCUGAGGCCAGCCUUGUUAAUGGUGGUGGUUCAGCUUGCAUUUGCAGGGGUCAAUGUGUUCUACAAAUUGGCCGCAAACGAUGGAAUGAGCUUGAGGAUUAUUGUUGCCUAUCGCUUCUUUUUCGCAACAGCUUUUAUCGUUCCUCUGGCUCUCGUUUUUGGAAGCAAAAGUAGGCCAAAGCUGACUUGGGCAGUACUCUUCCAAGCAUUUCUUUGUGGGCUAUUUGGGGGUUCAUUAGCUCAAAAUUUAUACAUUGAGAGCCUAACCUUGACAUCAGCAACAUUUGCUUCAGCCAUGACUAACCUAGUUCCUGCCAUUACGUUCAUCCUGGCCGUCUCCUUUGGGUUGGAGAAGCUGAAUCUAGGGUCAGUAUCAGGGAAGGCAAAAGUGUUGGGAACAUUAACGGGAAUAGGUGGGGCGAUGCUCCUCACUUUCUAUAAAGGAGCAGAGAUCAACGUAUGGCGUACUCACGUUAACCUUCUGCAUCACGGGGAACAUCAAACCAAACACCUGGCAUCCCCAAGAUCAGAAAAUCGCCUUUUGGGUGGUAUUUUGGCUAUAGGAAGUUGUUUCUCAUACGCCUCCUGGUUAAUAAUUCAGGCAAAAAUGAGUGAAAAAUAUCCAUGUCACUACUCAAGUACAGCUCUAAUGACUGUGAUGGGAACAAUCCAAGCUGUUGUUUUUGCCCUGUGCACGGAAAGGGAUUGGAAUCAAUGGAAGUUGGGCUGGAACAUCAGGCUACUUACAGUGUCUUACUCGGGUAUCGUUGCUUCUGGGGUUAUGGUAACUUUGAUAGCAUGGUGCGUGCACAUGAGAGGUCCUUUAUUUGUUUCCAUCUUCAGCCCUCUAAUGCUUGUUUCAGUUGCCAUCAUGGGGUCUUUAGUACUGGACGAAAAGCUGCAUCUUGGAAGCGUAUUAGGAGCCGCGAUGAUUGUGUGCGGGUUAUACGUGGUGCUGUGGGGGAAAGGCAAAGAGAUAAAGAAGAUAACUCAGCUGGCACCCUCCGAAAUCUACCGAGAAUCUCAUCAUGAUCAUCAUGAAUUGACCGAUAUUAAUGUAAUCACGUCUCCAAGGCCGGACGACGUUGAAAAUAACAGCGCUAUUAAUAUUGCAAGCAUGAAACCCGAGAGCCUGCAUCGUGCCUCUACAACAACUCUCACAUUCUGGCCAGAGCGCUCUCUCUCUCUCUCUCUCUCUCUCUCUCUCUCUCUCUCUCUCUCUCUCUCUCUCUCUCUCUCUACGUAUUUAAUUAAGAUGAUGGGGCGCUUAUGUAAUGUAAUACACAGUUCGAGGGCCGGGAUUGUAAUGGUAGCAGUUCAAAUGGUAAAUACAGGGGUAAAUAUAUUGUUUAAACUGGUGGCAGAGGAUGGAGCGAAGCUGAGGAUCCUUAUUGCCUACCGUUUUUUGUUUGCCUCUGCUUUCAUGGUUCCUCUUGCUCUCAUCUCUGGAAGGAAAAACAGAACAAAGCUGACUUGGGCAAUACUCUUCCAAUCAUUUCUUUGUGGGCUGUUUGGAGGAGUAUUAGCUCAAAAUUUAUAUCUUGAGAGCUUAGCCUUGACAUCGGCAACAUUUGCUUCAGCCAUGUCCAACCUAGUUUCGGUCAUUACCUUCAUUCUGGGUAUCUUGUUCGGGUUGGAAAGGCUGAACCUGGAGAGAGUAGCUGGGAAGGCGAAAGUGUUGGGAACAUUCAUGGGAAUAGGUGGGGCGAUGGUCCUUACUUUCUAUAAAGGUACAGAAAUUGACAUAUGGUCUACUCAUAUUGACCUCUUGCAUCACGACCAACAUCAAAGUGAAGUCCGAAAAUCCGAAAAUCACAUUUUGGGUUGUAUUUUGGCUUUAGGAAGUUGUAUGUCAGCCGCCUCGUGGUUAAUAAUUCAGGCAAAAAUGAGCGAGACAUAUCAAUGUCACUACAUAACCACGGCUCUAACGUGUGUGAUGUCAGCAAUCCAAGCUGUUAGUUUAGCCCUAUGCAUGGAGAGGGAUUGGAAUCAAUGGAAGUUGGGCUGGAAUAUCAAUCUACUGACAGUUUCUUAUUCGGGUAUCGUAGCUUCAGGGAUUAUGGUGACUUUGAUUGUUUGGUGUGUGCACUUGAAAGGCCCUUUGUUUGUCUCCAGCUUCAACCCUCUAAUGCUUGUUUCAGUUGCCAUCCUGGGUUCUUUAGUACUGGAUGAAAAGUUGCACCUUGGAAGCAUACUAGGAGCCGUGUUGAUUGUGUGCGGGUUAUACGCGGUGCUGUGGGGUAAAGGCAAAGAGAUGAAGGAGAUUUAUAAACUAGAACCCUCAGAAAGUCCCCAGCAGUCUGAGUUGAUCGAUAUUAUUGUCAAGUCUCCAAAGGAUGUCAGCAUAAGCAGCAGCAGCGGUGGCGGCAGUGGUGACACCAUGGCCAGUACUGGUCCAGAUAGCCUGUCAGCCUCUAAUGCCGGUGUAGAUGGCGAAGUAACACAUAAUACGAUCUCUUCCUAAAAUAUUACAGACAUCCUCAAUUUUCAAUCUGCAACAAUUAUAUUACAGCAUCUCCGAUAUUGAGAAACGAACAAUAAUUCAAAUUAAAGUUUUUAGCAUCAGCUGUAAAUGGCUGAUGCCUGUGUGGGGAUGGCAUCAUUGCUUACCAAUAUAUAUGUGAAUCGAUUUUGUUCAGAAAA